AUGGAGGUACAGGAGGUUCUCCGUGGCGUUCAGCCUCUUGUAGGCGAAGUGACGCCGAUAAGGACAGUGCAGGAAACUCAGCCGGCCGAAGAGUAUGGCAAUGCCUACGUCGCGGGCGUGAACGUGAAAAGCGCCGCAAAAGUCAUCAAAGUCCUUGACGCAGCCUAUCCCCGCGAUUCAGCCCGUCCCAUGAACCACCUCCGCCGCUUUGCGAAACAGAACAACCUCCCCGAAUCACUGCACCCAAUCCUUCUUCAGGAUAACCCAUCACCGCAGACCAUUUUCGUCCUUGUCUCACCACCUCUCCCAGAAGCUGCCCAGUUACAAGAACUACUCGCUCCCUACGUUCCUCCACCGGCGGACCCCGACGCGCAGUCUUCAGAUCCCGCAGGUCAGGUCAAGCUGCAUACGAUCAAAGUCCCCACCCUCCCGCCGCUCAGCACGGCCCAGGCAGAGAAAUGGUCAAAGGAGUUAUGGCCCGUUGUGUACAAUCCCGCCGCUGCACGCGCGAUGAUUUCGCCGCCUGUUCAAGUUCUAAACCGUACUCGCGACUUCAUCCAGCCAGAUGCGGGGCGGUAUCUGGCGUUUGCGCAAAAGGUCGCCGAGGAAGCGGAGCGAUCUGGUUGGGGACGGGGCGUUGGCGCGGUAGUCGUUGAUCCUGAUAUCGUCGCGAGGAUCCUAGAUGCAGACGGUGAUAUCGAUUCCCGAUGGCCGGAAACAAUCGUCGCUGUCGCCGGCGACGCGCGGUACGCCCGUCGAGAAGGAGGAAAUCCAUCAACAGCUGAACUGCAUACAGGACCGGGACCCAAUCCCGCCACAGAAUCAUACAACGCCGACCUCGAAGGCGGCCCAGACCUCCACGCCCUCAUGCGCGCAGCAGAGAUCGUCGCCUACAAACGGCGCGCCGGCGACCCAGCCGCAGAAGCCGAUAAACCCCUCUUAAGCCCCUUCGAAUCAUACUUUCUCUCCCAAACAGACCUCACAGCUCCAGAGACGGAAACGGAACUUGGACCCGAGUCCGAAUCAACGGAUGAAUCAACGGGUAUCUCUCCAGUCCCGGAGAAAUACCAGAAGACCGGCCCUCACGAUGCUCAGGCUGUUCCGCAUUCAUCAACAACAGAGCAGGGCGAAGGCAAGGAUUCACCAGGUCCGCGAAUUCGCCCCCGCUCCCAGGGCGGAUACCUCUGUACUGAUCUGGACGUAUAUCUGACCCACGAACCCUGCCUCUGCUGCUGCAUGGGUCUCCUCCUCUCGCGGUUCCGGUCCGUGACAUAUCCCCAACGCGGGAGGAUGGUCAUGGGUGGUCUCGCUUCUGAACCUGUCGUUAGACCUGUACCUGUUGUUGAUGAAAAUACCGAGCACGAACAACAGUAUGAUGGAAGUACAACCGGACAAGGAGAAACCCCAAAGCAAGGCAGACUAUACUAUGGCCUUCACUGGCGGAAGGAGUUGAACUGGCGCGCAUUAGGGUUCGAGUUUGUUGAAGAGACUGAGGAGCAGGGUCCUUUGGCUGCAGAUGGGGUUGCAUUCUAUGCGUGA